AUGACGGAGCCAGUUGUCGAGGUAGUCGUGCGCGUAUUGGCGACAAUAACCGCCUGCCUUCUAUUUGCGAGCUUGCUCCCAGCCAUUCGUGUCGUGCAUCGUCAGAAAAGCACGGCAAGUAUGCCAAGUGCGCUCCCUAUACUAUCCAUGCCAAAGAAAGGUCGAUUGAGUCUAGAGAUCCUAGCAAUGACAAUGGUGCUUAUAGGGCUCGUGCUCUUUCCAUUCGUAGCUGCUCACGAAGGCGUAGCAAUUGAGACGGUUGAGGUCAUCGUCGGCAGCUUCUCAGUCGCCAUUUCCGCCGUCAUGUUUGGCUCGCCGCUGAUUCUGGUAAAGAAGGUCGUUCAAGAACGCAACACGAGCUAUCUACCGUUGACGAUGAUCGCUGCUGGAGCCGUCACGUGUGUCUUCUGGAUCCUCUAUGGCCUCCUGCUUCAAGACGCGUUUGUCAUCGUUCCAAAUACAGCAAAUUUGCUCAUCGGGGUCGUGCAGCUCAUGCUGUUCUGUAUCUACCCACGUGGAAAGACAUACGACACAGUUGAGUCUGUGACUCCCGAAGCGAAAGCCACGACGCUGGAUAAGAGUAAUGGAGCGUGUACGAUUGUCGUGCUGGACAAGAAGACGGAGGGAGACGAAAUGACUGUGCGUGCUAGGGGAGAUGAGAACAGCCGCAGUCAAGCGUGA